AAAAAUUAAAGCAACUCCAAAUUGAUCAAAGUAAGGAGCGUAUCCUUCAACAGCAAAAUCAACAAAAACAAAAAACACAAUCGACUACAAUAGAAAAACAAUUAACAAAAUUAAAAGCAGAAAUGCAUGCAAUGGAAGCGGUUUUGGAGAGAAUGAAAAAUACUGAAGGGUUAGAAGAAGAUGAUUUGGGAGAAGAAAAGGAAGAAGGGAAAAAUAGGGAAAAUGAAGGAAAAGCUGAAAUUAAAGUUGAAAAAAUCCAAAAUCAUAAAAGAAAUGAAGGAAGAACGGAAAUAAAAGAUGCUAAGGAACAACCAAAUCGAGAGACAACGACAAAACUUCCAGCUACCCCAAAAAUUGUUUUACCAACAAAAAUUGAAAACAAUAAAAACCAUAGGCAUUUAAACAAUCCUAGACCUAUUCCCAUAUUAAUUGGGGAUCAAAAAAUAAUAGUUUCAUCAGCUGCUAUACCUCAAUUAUCUUCUUCUAAAAAGCCCUCGCUUCCUUUAAAUAAUUCUUUUGUUCAGAAGAAAAAUAACAAUAAAGAACAACAAAUAAUUUUAACAACAACAUCAAAACCUAUACUUUUUAUGAAAACUUCAAUUCAGAGAAGAAAUAAUAGAGGAAAUUUAAUUUCAAAUAACAACACUAAUAUUAAUAAAAAAAUUAUUUUGACUGAAAAUCCUGGUGAAUUUUUAAUAGAAUUAUUUUUAAAAAAAUUUUAA